AUGGGAGCCAUUCGAAAAUUUCCACGCACCCGGCAGAUGCCAGACUUCCGACGUCGAUUGCAGCGCGCACUGUCCUUGUCAUCCUCGGAGUCCGAAUACAGCCGAAGCCCAUCUCAAUCUCUGUCUGGAGACACCACCGAGGAAGACCCAUCGACCCCCUCGAACAAAAACGACAAAGCUGUUCCGCAACCGGGCGAUCCUCCCAAUACCCACGAUCACGGGGCGCUACCGAGUCCUCAAUACGGCGGACACUUAUCUCAGCCCAGAGAUAGCAACGUACUUACUCUCACAUGCCUCGCAGAACUAGACGUGCGGGUGAAAUCCCUAGAAUGUAAAUUGACGGACCAAAAUAAGUGUAUCGAGGAUCUCCGCAAGGACCUGACAGACCUUCUCCACCGGCUGGAGGCUGUCGAGGCGGAAUCAGAGGAGCGGAUGAAGAGCGAUAUGACUGAGACGCCAGAUGGACCGGAGCAGAAGACGGUGCGGACCCGGCGGUCGCAGCGGGGAUAA